AGGGCAGUCUGAGUCAGACUGCGGUCCAGAAAGCGAUUCCGCCAAAAUAAACGCGAAGGAAAAAUUCAGUUGCGCGUGUGUCCGCUAUCAUCGGUCGAACGCGGUGUGCUCGUAAUCAUCGGAGCGGAUUAACUCAUCGGAAACCACUUUGCCACAGUGCAUUCUAGCGAUCGUGGUGUGUCAAGUGUGUGUUCCUGUACGAAUGGCUCUCGAUGGGAUCGUCGCGAUAAGUCGGUGGAAUCGUUCGCUGAACCAACCGAUUGGACAGUGACCAGUUUUCGUUCAUGUUCGAUGCAGCCAGUGCUGGACUGCGAUUUUUCUUUGUGUUUUCGUGCGUUACUCUGUGUGUUCUCUGUAGACGUAAGGUCUCUCCUUUGUGAGGAACCGCUGCAUACAGGUUCGCCCUCUCUCUUUCACCACCGAUCGAUCCAAUUGCAUCGCGUGUCCCCGACGCGCGGCAACGUAUGCAUCGAGGAAGAGGGGAGUGAUGUUUGUCCCGUUUUUUGAAUGCCACUCGAUAUACAUUCGAUCAUAGGUCGACGUUCAUUUACCGGCCAGGGGAAAUUAAUUCCGAUUCAACGAGUCGUUACGCCUCGCACAUCCUCUAUCGCAGCGGCGGCCGCGUACUUACUCUAAUGAGUGCCCCUGAAGUAUUGUUUACCGCCGGCACGGCCGAAAUAAAUCGCACGAGCUUACCGAUAUACUCGUCGUUAACGAUUCACCAUCAUCGGUCAAUUGCAUUCUUCCUUUUCGCACACGACUUUUCUUUCUAGGAAAGUGAAACUUACGCGGAAUAUUUUAUACAGUCUGCUGUUCUCAUCCGCGAUAAAUAUAGAGUUUCGCGAAAUCAUCCGCAGACCCGAUUAACGCAAUUAUAGAACGUGUGACUCAACGUUCCGACAGUUUUUAUCGUCUCCGCCCGUACUCGAACGUAUUAAUCGCUCGGUCGAAUAUCCCCCGUUAUCUUAACGUUCGAUUAACUCGAAACAAUUGCCUCGCCACUUGUUGCAAUUUAGGCGGUUGAACGCGUCUGCUGACGUAACAACUAUUAUUACUAUUCGUCGUAUAGCUCGACACCGAAAAACAUGUUUCGACAUUGUUUCCUAACAGAUUGUAACCGACACUUCCUAUCACUACUUCCGGGUAAUAUCUGAAUCAUUCUCGAUAAAGCUCGUCUCGUUGAUGUCGGUUUAACAAUCUCCGAUUUGCAGAGCGUUUGCAGAUUAUAACGUCCAAGUCCGAAAUCUUCGAUACAAUUGCGCAAAAUGUUCUUGUUAUCUUGUUGCGAAACGGCAAACUCGUAUCCAAGAGGGAAGAUAUUCUGCAGUCUUCCCCCUUUUAACCGCGUGUAAAUUUUUCAAAGACCAUUAAUAAAUCAUUGCCGACAGAUAAAGUGUUAAGGAUUUCGGGCUGAGUGGGUUCGACGAACUCGCUGCAUCGAAGUCCUUGGGUUAAAGGGCUAAAAACAUAGUUCUGUGGACCUAGAAAACACAGGACGGUCCUCCGGUCGGUAAAAAGCAACGAGAUGGGUGCAGUCGCAACGGUGGGCCUCGCUAUUGGAGGCGUAAGCCGUGUGCGAGCUGCACCGCUGCCUUCGUGCCUUGUCCGGUAAACAAAGGGAUCUUUUGAAAGGUGUCAUCGGCUGGCUCGCAGAGGAGUAAAUCGACAGUGGUUCCGCCGGUGUGUUUCUAUUCGUCAAAGGUGCAACGCAUCUUUCAUGUUGGAGAGCGUGCCGGGCAAAGACGACGUGUCGAGUGCAGCGAGAAACACUUGCGAGUCCGUGAUGUAACUCUUUCGAGUGGUAAAUGUACACCGCCGUGGCUGGAAUAAUGAAAAGUGAACAAUCUCAAACGAUGGACCAGCGAGAUUCGUUGUCUUCGCGACCGGACGAUUGGUAAACAGAGGCAACUCUGCCUUCUCGUCUUUUGUACUGUUACUCUUUGUUUUCUGUUCGCUGAUUUUACGAACUGUGCGGUGAUUGUUAAUCGGACACGAUAACAGUGAGAAUAACUAUUGAUCGUUAUCCAAUCGUGAAAGCGUUACUAUGUUGUAACACGACCGGAUAACGAAAUUAUUAAACAUUGACAAAUGAUGAUAGUGCUGCUGCUGUGCAUCAUCAUGAAAAUAGCCGAAUUUUCUGUAGGCCGGGUGAGCCCGCCAUUGCAAUCGCCGCCGAGACCGCCGAUCUUUUAUCGCAAACGGAAGGGACAGGAAACUAAAUAUCGGAGGAAGACCGGUCAAAGAUGCAACUGUUUCCUGUACAAUCGUGUAGGCAAAGGGGCUGCAGUGAUGGAAGAUCCACAAACACCAGGCUCCGAUUGCAAUUCUAAUCCUGCCACAGAUUCUAUACAACACGACUUGAUUAGUUCUGAAUUUGUACAGGAUAAUGUAGAUUAUCAGUGGUUUGUCGAUUAUGGCUUCAGAGAUGGAGGGCUUCAUAUUCAUCCUAGUGUAUUGUCCUCGCUCUCUGCUUCGUACACUCGAGAGGAUUUGGGUUACUACGAUGACCUGGCCCGCAAUCUGGAUGCUAACUUGGCAGAAAUCGAUAUGGAAAGUUUUCGUACUGCAGACAUUCAUACUUUGCUUACAGCUCUGCCUGUUAUGUGCACCGAUCCAGUUCAGCAUUCGGAGGGAGAAGAUUCAGCCUGUUCGACGACGGACACGAUUUCCAUUUGCAAAUCGUCGUUGCUAUUUUCCCCUCUGAAAGAGACACCCGUGCUACCACCGGGUGGUAGCUACAGCGUCGACUCUCUGGACUGCGAGGAUAUGUUGCUAACAUGCCAAGUGAACAACAAAGACAACUACACUAUCGCCUUUGAGGGUAGUAUCACAAUGUAUUCAGAUGGCUCUCAAGAUUUUGAAAAUCAAGAGAAGCAGGAAAAUGACGAGACGCCAGAAAGAUUUUACAAUAGGAAUUCCGACUUAAAGAACGUGUUAGAUUUAUCAAUGGCAUGUUCUGAUUCAAAAAUUUAUACUACAUGGAGCAACUUGAAACAUUCUUCCAUGAACAAAAUCAUGACUCGUCAUCCCUCAGGCAAUAAUAAUACAAAUUCCGAAUUUUUACAAGGCGUUGGAACUAUUCUACCCGGUACGAAUAAAAGGAGUCAAAGCUUACCGGAUCUUACUCAAGCUACUCAACUACAGCACAUUAAUGUACCUCUCAAUUUCUCUGUCAACUCCGCGGAAUCAAAUAAUCAUGCACAACAGUCACAUAGCUCAGGGUCCGUAAUGAGCCGAUCAACUAACGAAGAAUGCUCCGACAGCGGGGAACACGCUUCAUCUGGGAAGAAGCUGCAGAACUUGAGCCUUGUCAAAUUAUUUAUGAAACAGAAGAGUAUGAGUGCAGACGGCAUGAGCCUUACUUUCGACCAGUCGGACUCUGCCAGCGAUAACGGAUGGCCUACAAGCAAUAGUGCUAGUGAUAGUGGUACUAAUACAAAUACGCAAAUACAACGGAAAAAUCUAAACAAUACCUCAAAAUGCCAACUACCGGAAAGCGACUUCUCUAUUAAUUGGGUGAAAGGAGAGAUCCACAACAAUCAGGAAAUAGAGAAGGAGAAAGAUAUUUCUAACGACAUUCCAAAGCAUUCGUGGAUAAUUGCUGGACAAAAGGACGAUAUGGUGUCGUCGGCAUCUGUCGAAGAACUAUCUGAAAAUAUGACGAAGUCAGAUUUAACGCAUGAUAACGAGAACAUCCAAAACAGUUUCGAUGUAAUUUCAAAUGGAUUCGACCAACAAAAGAAAACAGCAUGGAUCCGAUCCUUGGAGAAGAAGUAUUCGGUUUGUAAAACUACGGGCAUUCAGGCGAUAGCCGAGACGGAGGAUAAUGCGGUUCAGACGUCGUUAUUGUUCCCAGAACCACCAGCGGAGAAAGAGAAUCCGUCUGUGAGGGAGACAAUUGUUAAUAAGAAACCAGUAUACGUUGUUUACCCAAAUUACGCGUUACCUGAUUUAUCGUUUCUUAAUAUCAAAGACACCCGGAUGGAAAACGUAGCUUUGAAGCCGCAGUGUUAUGGGAAAAACAGGGUCAGUUGGAGACAGCAUACGAGUAGAUCCGGUAGACCGUUUUCGUGCAACGAUAUAGACGCCCUGCGUCAACGCGGGUUCUCGCAUGUUAAAGACUGGGAGUCGUUGACAUUCCUUCUGCCUAUCGAGUACAAGAAGAUUCUACACGAUGUGCCCGAAGUGUCCAAGCACAUCAAUAUCAAUGAAGAGACGAAGAAGCCGCUGUUCUGUUUGUCACCGCCGAUGCGUCACAAAUCUCGACCCAUCAGUGAAAUUAUACCAAAUAAUUCGUCGUCUACUAGCAGCACUGCAACUCAACCAUCCUCUGGGUACCGGGGAUCUUCUACGAUUCUGACCGACUCCUCAACGAAUCAGCAGAUGUCGAACAACGCGGCAAACCCGUUGUAUCUUUACCGUUACGAUAGUAUUAGUUCCGAGGCCAGUUUAGUGAGUAACGAUAAGAAGGCGUACAAACAAGUCAGCAAAUCUAAGACGAUCUGCCCGUCUCUCCCAAAGAGAUCCAUUUCUUUACCGCAUGGAGAUCGCGAAGCUGACUUCUCUAAUGGAAAAGUGCCACCGAGACCACCUUUACCUAGAAGUAUUUUAAGAAAAAACAAGGUUCCUGCGAGCAAGAGGUACAGCAUGUUCGAGAUGGUGGAUGUGGAAGAGAUAGAGGAUCAACAGCCUCCAGAGGCGAACAAGAGAAUGUCCUUACAAGAACCAUAUUACAUGAACAAUGACUUACAGUUGUAUCGUGGAAGAAUCAUCGACUCUGAGAAGGAUGUCGACGAGAUGGAAGAGAAAUGCCAUGAAAGGAUGAAUGAUUUAAACAACGCUGGAGAUAUAGAGACUGAAGCUUCAGAGAAUAGCGAGGACGACGUGAAACAGCUGGAGGAAUACUUGAAACGCAGCGGAUUCAGCUCGCAGAGCAGCGAUGGAGAUACCGAAGACCCUGAUGUUAAAUUAAGAUCAUAUGUAAGAAAGUUCUUAGCUCUUCGAAUGAACAAGGAUGUUACCAAAACUACCGAUAUGCUAGAAUCUCAGAAAAAGACUGUCAGCUUCGCUGUAAACCAAAGGAAGAAAUACUUAGACAAUAAGACCAAUAAUUUAAAUACGGUUCCAAACGAACAGACUAAAGAUUGUACGCUUGCAGAAGAGAGGAGGGACACGAGUCCUGAAAAUAGAUCAUUAGAUUUAGACGACAAGAAAAAAAUGAUAUUAUCGGUGAACAAGGCGGUGGAUUUAUUGUUGAAAUAUUGGAAUGGAGAGUCUAUUCACAGUAGACAGAAUUACGGUGAUAAGAGCGAGUGUGCACAAAUCUGUCUUAGUCACUUGUGCCCUGCUUUGUACGCCAUCAUGUCGGACGGACUGAAGCCACACUUAAAUUCUACAUUUGGACCAAUAACGAAUAGUGUUUGGCAGGUCGUCGAAGCAUCUUCUCAGCAGGGACCAGUCACUAAAACGUUGAACGAACUAGUACAAAAAAUUAACGGUGAGGACGUUAUCACCGAGGGAAUGUUAAAGUUUCAUGCAUUUGUAUUUGGUUUAUUAAAUUUAAGAGCUCUAGACGCGUGGUUCGCGUACCUGUGCACGAGGGAAUCAAUCUUGAGGAAGCAUUACAACAAUAAUAGCUUAUUCGUAAGCGCUUUGGCAAAUGCAAACGCGCGCGAGGUCGUCGACACUCUUCUGCACCGUCUAAACCCCCUAGCUUUCUGCCCAUUUCAGUUGGACCUUCUGUAUCAGUAUCGUCAGCUUCACAAUAGCUUUGGCAAUUUAAAUAAUCAUAAUAUAAGCGCCGUAAACUUUAGGAACGUGGACAUCGGUUCGAAGGACCACCAUUUUGAUAAGACAGACGUUUGCACAGUAGUUUCUAGUCCUAGGAAAGUACGUCCGAAAUCCUGCGUCGCCUACAACAAUUACGACGACAAAUCUGGCCAGCAUAAGUCAGAUAUGGAAACAGUUAAGAAACGUUUAAGCAAUCCCAUAGGUACGAAAGCGUUCCGGGCUCUAGACAAGCUGACUUCCGAGGAUUCCGAGGACUACACCGACAGUUUGGAGCAUUCACCAUUGAAUAGAGCGUCGAGCAAACACAAUCACCCUGUGACUCGCACGAAAUCUCGUAGUCCAGAGAAUAAUAGGGACGACGAGGACAACAUGAUCGGAGAAGCAAAAUUCAGAAAGAUUCAGGAGAAGUGGGAGUCGAUGGUCGGAAAGGAGGAGGGUAAGAGCCAGCCCGUCACAACGUCGCCAUCGUCGCCAACACGAACACCGACUAGUUUGGGGAAAUCGAAAAUCCCGAGGCUACUGACCUCCCCAGUAAAGCAAUCGAAUACAGUGCUCGCUAAAAAUACAAAGUCCCCGGUCUCGGGUAUCCCGUCGUUGAAGAAACCUGUAAUGUUGACGACGCCGAAAACUGCACCAAAAAAGCCUAUAGAGUUAAGAAACAAAGAGACAACAAAACGUACCAGUAGGGUGGACGAGGAGCAUGUGGGAACAGCGCGGACCCACUUGGCGCGUCCCAGUUCUCUACCAUACAAAUCUUACGGUUUAGCGUCUAAGGAGAAGAACAUGGUGUCCCCGCAAAGACGGGCAGCGUCUACGUCUUUGCCAAGACCAACCAGCACUGCUGCUGCUGCUGCGAGAAAUCCUCCAGCAAAGAAGGCUAUCAAAGAGGUGCGCACUAUCACACACAGAAACUCGUCGGACGACAAAAUACUCCUCGCGUUCGGAGAAGGCGAGAAGCUCAGAGUGCUUCUAGAGGUGGAUAGCAAGUGGUUAUUAUGCGCGAAAGGCGAUCGGAAAGGUCUGGUUCCGCGGAGGUGUGUGUACAAUAUUCAGACUUAGCCCCACACCUAAUGUCUGUGCCGGGGUAACGUUUAGUGCGACAAAAGUUUCAAAGACUUAAACGCAACCGCGGAGAUAAUAUAUUCAAUGAGGCGAAGAAUAAGGAGAAGAAAUCGUGUACAGUGUAUCAAAGGAAAGGCAUAGAAUUGUUUCUAAAGAUAUCAUAUAGUAAUUGUUAUUACUAGACCGCGGACUUUCAUGUCAGCUCAGUAUACUUUCAAUGUUUUAUUUCUUUUUAUCAGAACGAUUUUAUUUCUUCAUCAGAACGAAUACGUGUUUAGAAUUUUAUUUUCCUGUCCUGCACAGUUACAUUGAAGAGGCUUAUGUCUUCGUUCGACUGCAUUUCAAUGAAUCAAUAAUAGACGCUGCAGACGCAUAAAUUUCCGCAGUCUAGUUAUUACUCAUAAUUGUUUGAAUCGCUUCGACUUUAUAUCGGAAACUGCGAAUAGUAUUAUAUCACUCACAGAAACAUCAUCAGAGUAUGAAAGAGAAAAUAGGUAUCGCUAGUCAUAGGCUUUCAAACCAGAUUAUAUUUAAUGAAAUUGAACAUACACCUAUUUAUAACCAGAAAUGUACAUAUAUACAGUAAAAAUAUAUGAUAAUAAUUACGGUUGAUAAAGACGGUAAUGACAUGUAAUAACUUACGAUUAUUAUGAAUGUAACUGUGAUCAUAGUGUAUAGGCGAGUAAGGUUUAUCAACUGCGAUCGUGCGGAGUGUAAAACGUCGAAUUUUUUAUUUUUACCGUUGUGACUUAUAUUUUUAGUCGAGUAUCGAUUCCGUACGUCGCAUUGUGUUGUUUAACGACCGUCUCUCAUUUUUUAAUUUUAUCUGGUGUAUAAAUUAUUAUCGUCGCGCGCUUGUGGUUUGCUAAAAUCACAUUUUUUUACUUGCUUCAUGUAUUCUUUCGUAUGCGGAAUAGCAUACACAGUAUAAUCAAAUAAAGUCUACAAUUGUAAUUGUAAA